AUGGCUCCGCGCCACCCUCCCUGGUGUCCCUUCUCUUCCCUCCGUUCUCCGGGCCGGGGUCCCCUGGAGAACCAGUUCGGCUGCAGGUACCCCUCCCCCACCCCCAACGGCAACUGGGUUCUUUUAUUGGAAUUGUGGGGCGGUGGGGGAGAGGGUGGUGGUCUCCGCGGCCGACCCUCCUUGAACCCCGGGCGGACCUGGCUCGAGGGCCCGCACCCGCCUGGGCCCGAGCGGGUUUGCAACCCUGUAACCCCCCUGCAAGGCGGGAGCCUCCAAAUCCAGCCGACCCUGAAAUCGAUUCCGCCUGAAAACCAACACAAAGAACUCUACACACAGGAUGGCAUCUUACAUAUAUUGGACAGAAAUAAGAGGAUCGAGCCACAGCCAGAAAGAUUCCAGAACUGCAGAGAUCUGUUCGAUCUGAUCCUCACGUGUGAAGAGUCAGUGUAUGAUCGGGUGUUGGAAGAUCUGAAUUCCAGAGAGCAGGAAACCUGCCAGCCGGUGCACAUCAUCAACGUGGACAUCCAGGACAACCACGAAGAGGCCACCUUGGGGGCGUUCCCCAUCUGUGAGCUGUGCCAGUGCAUUCAGCACACGGAGGACGUGGAGAAUGAGAUCCACGAGCUGCUGCAGGAGUUCCAGGAGAAGAGCGGCAGAGCCUUCCUGCACAAGGUCUGCUUCUACUGA